AACGCUCCGUUGCGCUCCGUGUCCAACUAAAAGGUGACCACAAGUCAAAAAGACAAGGCAAAAUGAGUGGAAAAGUCGUGACGGUCGCGGUAGUGCUGAUGUUCGCUUGUCUGGUCGCCAGCCAGAGUAACCACUUCUACUGGGGUGUCCGGGAUCCGCGCGAUGUCCUGCUGAACCGUACCAUCGCGGUCACGUCCGGUACGUUCUUGCGGGUUAAGUCCAUUGACCUCGAGUAUCCGAUCAAGGGUCAGCUUGGGCGCAACAUAUCGGCCAUCACGGUGCUCGAUCAGGAAAUCAACGGGAACGGUGGCUACGCCAGUCUUUAUAACGGUGGAGUUGGCUACAACCAUGUAAAGGUUCACCUGAAAUCACAGCGAAGCCACGGUUACAACUUUAUCGUGGAGAUUUAUGGUCGAUAGGAGCCCACAAAUGGGUUCCGGAAAGAAAACGGAAAACAACUUCGGUCAAGGACUUGCCAUUUGCCAGGACAGUGGUCAGUGAUGCGCCAUCUAAUUAGAAGAUAUAUUUAUGUACUAGAGUAUUGAUAAUAAAGAAACAUCUAUGCUAA